UACACUGCAAACGGUAAAAAUCAAUAAUGUAAAAAUAGCGGGCGAAAAAUGUUUACAAAAUGCAAUAGUUGCUGUGGCCUCGUUAUAAUCUCAAUUUUUUUCGCCUGCCUUUUAGUCGAAAACUGCGUGGCUCUGAAAAAGACACUGCGGCACUAUGAGAUAUUUCACAAGGACGAUGUGGUGCACAAGGUGGUCAAACGGGGUGCCAAGCACAGCACAAAUCCUUUUAACGUCAUAAAAGAGGUGGAGUUCACAACUUUAGGCAAGAAUUUUCGGUUGAUCCUGCACCCACAUCGGGAUGUCCUGCACAGUAAAUUUAGGGCCUAUGCUGUGGACGCGGAUGGCAAUGAAACGGUGGUGCAUAUGGAUCACGAUAGUUUCUAUUCGGGCCGGGUGUUUGGUGAGCUUGAGUCCUCAGUGCGGGCUCACAUCGAAGAUGGCACUAUGACCAUGUCCAUCCAUUUGCCGGAGGAAACCUACCACAUUGAGCCCUCCUGGAGACAUCUGCCGGAAGCCAAAAAGGACACUAUGGUUGCCUACAAGGCCUCGGAUGUUAAGGUGCACAAAAAUGAAGCAGGCGCAAUUCCUAAAACCUGUGGUUAUAUCAAAGAGGGUCUAGAACUGGAGGACAAGGAACAAGGCGACACCUCAGAUAAUGAAAUACACACAAGGGAAAAGCGGCAAUCUGAUCAGUAUGAGUAUACUCCCACCAAAACUCGAUGUCCUCUGCUUCUGGUGGCCGAUUAUCGAUUCUUUCAGGAAAUGGGUGGGGGCAAUACCAAGACCACCAUUAACUAUUUGAUAAGCCUAAUUGAUCGAGUGCACAAGAUUUACAACGACACGGUUUGGCAGGAUCGGUCAGAUCAGGAGGGAUUUAAGGGUAUGGGCUUCGUCAUUAAGAAAAUAGUAGUACACUCGGAACCAACGAGAUUAAGAGGAGGCGAGGCCCACUACAACAUGAUACGCGAAAAGUGGGAUGUGCGAAAUCUUCUGGAGGUCUUCUCCCGAGAAUACAGCCACAAAGACUUUUGUCUAGCUCAUCUGUUUACUGAUCUAAAAUUCGAGGGUGGCAUUUUGGGCUUGGCCUACGUCGGCUCUCCGCGUCGCAACUCCGUGGGCGGUAUUUGCACACCAGAAUACUUCAAAAACGGUUACACUCUGUAUUUAAACUCGGGGCUGAGUAGCUCCCGUAAUCACUAUGGUCAACGGGUCAUCACCAGGGAGGCAGAUCUGGUCACGGCCCACGAGUUCGGUCACAACUGGGGAUCCGAGCACGAUCCUGAUAUUCCGGAGUGCUCACCCAGUGCUUCACAAGGAGGCAGUUUUCUUAUGUAUACGUACUCCGUCAGUGGCUACGAUGUGAACAAUAAGAAAUUCUCUCCCUGCUCACUGCGUUCGAUCCGCAAAGUGCUGCAAGCCAAGUCGGGCAGAUGUUUUUCAGAGCCGGAAGAGUCCUUUUGCGGCAAUCUUCGAGUCGAAGGAGAUGAGCAAUGUGAUGCUGGUCUAUUGGGCACCGAGGAUAACGACUCUUGUUGCGACAAGAACUGCAAGCUGCGCCGCAACCAAGGAGCCAUGUGCAGCGACAAGAACUCGCCGUGUUGCCAAAAUUGCCAAUUUAUGGCCUCCGGGAUGAAAUGCAGAGAGGCUCAGUACGCAACCUGCGAGCAGGAGGCUCGCUGCACAGGUGCUCAUGCCGAGUGCCCGAAAUCGCCAGCUAUGCAGGAUGGAACCACCUGUCAGGAGCGCGGUCAGUGCAGAAAUGGCAAGUGCGUGCCCUAUUGCGAGACUCAGGGUCUUCAGAGCUGCAUGUGUGAUAUCAUCGCGGAUGCCUGCAAACGAUGCUGUCGCAUGAGCAUCAAUGAGACAUGCUUUCCGGUGGAGCCACCAGAUGUUUUGCCCGAUGGAACCCCCUGCAUUACAGGCUUCUGCAAUAAGGGUGUCUGCGAGAAAACCAUACAGGAUGUUGUAGAGCGCUUUUGGGACAUUAUAGAGGAAAUAAAUGUUGCAAAAACUCUACGAUUUCUCAAGGACAACAUUGUCAUGGCCGUUGUCCUCGUCACUGCAGUCUUUUGGAUACCUAUCAGUUGUGUUAUUUCCUAUUUCGACCGUAAAAAACUACGCCACGAGAUGAAGCUAAUCGAAUGGAGCCAGAAGCUGGACCUUAUACAUCCCAGUGAUGAAAGACGUCGAGUGAUUCACAUACGCGUACCGCGCCAAAAGAUAUCGGUGGCACGAGCAUGCAACUAGCACAAAAAGCCCUUUGGGUUACUUUUUUGUUAAUCUUCCGUGAGCAUUCUUCUUAAAACUGCCACAAAUCAUUUGUAUUAAGUACCAUAUUUGAAAACACACAACACAUAAAUGAAUAAAAUUCCAUAUACUAUAGACCAAA